AUGUUGGUGCUGAUGGUUGCCGUGUGUGCCGCCCUGCCGUCGCUGCUGGUGUCGGCUCAGACAACACCAGCUGCAGACCUGUGUCAUGUAGACUGGCGACCCUGUGGCGACUUCCCGUGGGACACUGAUGACGUCACCGUCAGCUGUGACUACACCUACACUGACGUGAAGCAGUGGGACGCGUACGACUGGUACAGUUCAUCAGAACCUCCCCUAGUUCUACACGGCCGGUGUACCGUGACCUGCCCGUCAGAAGCCAACAUGUUGGUGGGUCCUCCGCAUUCUGCCAGUCCCGGAUACCACGUGAACGACGGAGCUUAUUACUGCAACGUGGGCAACAGCACAUGGAUGGGAUCAGAACCCGUGUGUCUGGGUCAUUUCAACAGCUCCACCGUCAUCACGGACGAUACCAACUCGGUCCGGCUGGUGGGGGGAGAGUUCUACGGCUGUGUGGAGCUGUACGAUGACGUCACGGGGCAGUGGGGGCCUGUCAGGGGGUGGGACGUUGAUUAUUGGAGUUCUAAGUUCGAAGACAGAAUGUCCUGGGUCGACUUGGCGUGUAGAAACAUAGGGUUGGGGGAGGGUCUUGCCACAAGUGCCUACGAGUUAACAAAUGGAGUUGUUAGUAGCUACUAUCCUGAGCUCUUACAGUGGUACUACCGCCUCUCCUACCCCUCCACUGUCCCCAAGUUCAUGGUUUCCCAGUCCCUUCCCCAGUGGGAGGACCACACACCUUGUGGCGACUUUCCCUGGGACACUGAUGACGUCACCGUGAGCUGUGGCUACAACUACAGUGACGUAUGGCACUGGCCUAGCGUGAACGGUUCACCUACAGAAGCCCCAACAGUCCUACAGGGCCGGUGUACCGUGGCCUGCCCGCCAGAAGCCGACAUGUUGGUGGGGCCUCCACUUUAUAGCGCCGGAUACUCCAUGAACGACGGAGCUUACUACUGCAACGUGGGCAACAGCACAUGGAUGGGAACAGAACCCGUGUGUCUGGGUCAUUAUAACACCUCUAUUGUCAUCACGGACGAUACCAACAGGACCCGGCUGGUGGGGGGAGACUUUUACGGCUGUGUGGAGCUGUACGAUGACGUCACGGGGCAGUGGGGGAAUGCCAGGGGGUGGGAACCUUGGGAGUAUGGAAUCCAUUACGAAGCAAGAAUGUCCUGGGCAGACUUAGUGUGUAAAAACCUGGGUUUCAGGGAGGGGCUGGCUACAGGGGCCUACGAGUUAAGUAAUGGAGUCGUUAGUGGCUCAUAUCCAUGGGCUGUUUCCUUACAAGACCACUACAGCCCCUCCUACCCCUCCACUGUCCCCAAGUUCGUGGUGUCCCAGUCCCUUCCCCAGUGGGAGGGCGCGACUCUGCAUGACGCCAUAGACCAUGUGGACCGAGGGAGCGGCAGCAAUUGGGGCAGCAUGUGCCUGGCCUGUGCAGGAGAACGGACACAAGACAUCGCUGCCCAGGUGACCUGCACGUCGGACCACCUGGAGGUGAGUUUCCCGCGCCCUCCGGACAACUCCGUACAGGCGGCGGACGUGCAGCUAGCAGCGCCGCCUUGCAGGGCGGAACAGAACUCCACCCACAUCUACAUCCGGACUGCUCUGGGGGAAUGUGGCACAGCGAAAGAGCAGGCAGGCUUUUCACAAAAUGGACCCCUCAAACUACUGCUACCAUGUGUGACUUUCCUUGUACGGACGAUAUAUUUGUAUACUAUAUUCCUUUACAUCAAAUCCUGCCCUUUAUUCCCUACCCCCACCACCCCGACUGAGAUGAUUUACCGGAACACCCUGACCGUCGGGGCCGACCCUUCGCACGGCGGCAUCACCUGGCAACAACUCACUAAGGUGCCCCUGGAGUGUCGCCUGCCGCGGAACAAGACCCUGUCUCUGGACUUUCGGCCUCAUCUCAAGUCCGUUUUCCGGUCCGGCGUAGAGGGCGAGGGCGAGUUCCGGAUCUCCAUGGAGCUUUUCCGGACUGACGGAUUCCGGCAGCCGGUGACGGAGUAUCCAGUGUUCGUGGAGUUGCAGGAGGUAAGUCCGGAAUAUCCGGUAUUGGUGGCUUUACACCAAUUUAGUCCGGAAUGUCCGGUGUUUGUGGAGUUACAGCAGAUGAUCCACGUGCAGAUCCAGGUGAACUCCAGUGACGCCGACCUUCAGGUGUUCCCUCGCACCUGCGUGGCCACGCCUAGCGACGACCCUAGCGACAAGACACGGAAUGACGUCAUCGUCGACGGUUGCGCCAAGCUGCCGACGCUGCAGUUCUACCCGUCGCCCGGUCCGGACAGGGGGCGCUUCGGCUUCCAGGCGUUUGCCUACACCAGCGGCGCUCCCACGGUGUACCUGCACUGUGACGUGCUGCUGUGUAAGGCCUCGGACCCGAACUCCCGCUGCGCGCAGGGCUGCCAGACGCCCUCGGGCAGGAGGCGGAGGGAGGCCGAGGGCGAACCCGAGGUCUACCGGCUCAUCCAGGGACCCAUCGUGCUCGGGGACGACCAAACUGGGCGCAAAAGUCUGGACCUGUUCACAGUUUCCGGCAUCAUGGGCGCAUGCGCGUUGUUGCUGGCCGCCGCCAUGUUUGUUCUGGGCGUCCUGUACAAGGCACGCCGGGAAGGCAGGCAGUCUGGGUACAGGGUGUUGGAGAACACCGACUUGUGUGCGGUCCUGCCGCUGGUGUCCGGUUGGACGACCCCUCCUGUAGACUGGCGACCUUGUGGCGACUUCCCGUGGGACACGGAUGACGUCACCGUGGACUGUGACUACAGCUACAGUUCUAGUUCUUACUACAAUCAUCGACACGGCCGGUGUACAGUGACCUGUCCCAGGGAGGCCGUCAUGCUCGUGGGUCCUCCUUCUCUAAGAAGUUACUUUCAUCAGGACGGCGAUUACUACUGCAACGUGCGCAACACCACAUGGAUGGGAUCAGAACCCGUGUGUCUGGGUAGUUACAACAGCUCCACCGUCAUCACGGACGAUACCAACGGGAUUCGUCUGCGGGGGGGAGAGUUCUACGGCUGUGUGGAGAUGUACGAUGACGUCACGGGGCAGUGGGGGCCUGUCAGGGGGUGGGACGUUAAAUGGUCGGGUUCUCAAAACGAUGCCAGAAUGUCCUGGGCCGAUUUAGCGUGUAGAGACCUGGGUUUCAGGGAGGGGCUGGCUACACACGCCUACCCGUUACGUAAUGGCGGCGUAAGUAACUCAUUGCCUGAACCCAUACAACGCCACUACUACUAUUCACACCCCUCUACUGUCCCCAAGUUCAUAGUCUCCCAGUCCCUUCCCCGGUGGGAGGGCGCGACUCUGCAUGACGCCAUAGACCGGGUGGAGCGAGGGGACUACUGUCUUACCAACGACAGGACCUGCAGCAAGGACUACAUGUGCCUGGCCUGUGCAGGAGAACGGACACACAAUGUCAAUGGCACCACACGCUGUGGCCCCUUCCCCUGGGACAAUGAUGACAUCACCGUGGACUGUGACUACAACUACACUGACGUGAUGGGACCAGUAAAUCAGCAGGCCCGACAGUACUGGUGGACCACGGAAUCUCCGUGGUACAUGACCACAGACGAUCCAUGGUACGUGACCACGGAAGCCCCCUCAGUGCCGGUACAAGGACGAUGUACCGUGACCUGCCCCAGGGACGCCGACAUGUUGGUGGGUCCUCAGCCCUCUGGCGACGGAGCUUACUACUGCAACUUGGGGAACAACACAUGGACAGGAUCUGAACCCAGGUGCUUAGCUCGCUUCAACAGCUCUGUCGUCAUCACGGACGAUACCAACACGGUCCGGUUGGUUGGGGGAGAGUUCUACGGCUGUGUGGAGAUGUACGAUGACGUCACGCGGCAGUGGAGGCUUGUCGGAGGCUGGGACGCUGAGGGGGGUCAUCACGAAGACAGGAUGUCCUGGGCCGACUUAGUGUGUAAAAAUCUGGGUUUCAGGGAGGGGCUGGCUACACACGCCUACCCCUUAACAAAUGGAGUUGUCAGUAGAUCCCACCCUUAUUCCUUACAACACCAGUACAGGGGUCCGUUUUACCUCGACAGUAACGGAAACGAAUUCAAAGUUUCCCAGUCCCUUCCCCAGUGGGAGGGCGCGACUCUGCAUGACGCCGUAGACUGGGAAUCAAGAGGUGGAUGUUGGGCCAUCGCCUCUGACAAUGAAUGCGUGUACAUGUGUCUGGCCUGUGCGGGAGAUCAGAAUAUGGGUUCGUACCGAUCACAUCAUGUGACCUGCACGUCGGACCACCUGGAGGUGAGUUUCCCGCGCCCUCCGGACAACUCCGUACAGGCGGCGGACGUGCAGCUAGCAGCGCCGCCUUGCAGGGCGGAACAGAACUCCACCCACAUCUACAUCCGGACUCAUUUCGAGAAAUGUGGCACUUCGACUCAGACCACCCCGUCCGAACUGAUCUACCGGAACACCCUGACCGUCGGCGCCGACCCCUCCAGCGGCGGCAUCACGUGGGACCGACUUCCCAAGAUCCUCCUGGAGUGCCGCCUGCCGCGGAACAAGACCCUGUCCCUCCACUUCCGGCCGCAUCUCAAGUCCGUUUUCCGGUCCGACGUACAAGGGGAGGGAGAGUUCGAGAUCUCCAUGCAGCUGUUCCGGACUGACAAGUUCUGGCAGCCGGUUACGGAAUAUCCGGUUUAUGUGGACCUACGACAGGUGAUCCACGUGCAGAUCCAGGUGAAUUCCAACGGCACCGACCUUCAGGUGUUCCCUCACACCUGCGUGGCCACGCCUAGCGACGACCCUAGCGACAGGACACGGAAUGACGUCAUCGUCGACGGUUGCGCCAAGCUGCCGACGCUGCAGUUCUACCCGUCGCCGAGUCCGGACAGGGGGCGCUUCGGCUUCCAGGCGUUUGCCUACACCAGCGGCGCUCCGACGGUGUACCUGCACUGUGACGUGCUGCUGUGUAAGGCCUCGGACCCGAACUCCCGCUGCGCGCAGGGCUGCCAGACGCCCUCGGGCAGGAGGCGGAGGGAGGCCGAGGGCGAACCCGAGGUCUACCGGCUCAUCCAGGGACCCAUCGUGCUCGGAGACGACCAAACUGGUGAGCAUAAAAACCACUUCUCUUUCUACCCCAACUCUGGCCGCCAGGACCUGGUCACAGCCUCCUCCAUCCUGGGCGCAUGCGCGGUGCUGGCCGCCGCCAUGUUUGUUCUGGGCGUCCUGUACAAGGCACGCCGGGAAGGCAGGCAGUCUGGGUACAGGGUGUUGGAGAACGCGGAAUAA